ACGCGGCCGUUGACCGGCAAAUAAACACAACUUGGCACCCUAUUUUACCAGCGCUUCGCCUUCGACUUCGACAACCCAUCCUCGUCUCCUCCCGUCCACCAUCUUCACCACUACAUAGCUCGCCCACACCUCAGAGCACACAAUGCCUUCGUUUCUAACUGCAGUCUCUCUUUCCCUCUCCCUGCUCUCCUUCCUGGGCGGCAUGCCCGUCGUGAGCGCGGGCAGCUCCUGCGUGGCGAUGGACAUCAACUGGAACCUCCUCGUCUUUGGCUAUGGCGGCAAGGACUACAACGCGGGCACGAAGGACAGCUGGGCCUCGGGCACGGCUACCGAGAUCACUGCUGACGGUCGCCCACCAUUCGAUGGUGACAAUGUUACCUGCUACUUCGCCCAGUUCUUCAACGCCAUCUACGUCCUCGGCGCUGACAAGUCUGACGCAUCUUCCCUCUACAUCUACAACGUCGCUGGCAAAUCUUGGUCCAAGCAGUCCGUCAACGCCGGCUCCCUCGACACUUCUGACUUCCAGGCUAUCCUUGACCACGACACGAAUGUGUUCUACGCCGUAUCUCACAACGAACUAUUCUCCCUGGAUAUGGGUGACCAGACUGCUGCCAAGGAUGGCGCCGCGUGGAACGACGUCCAGUCGGCUGGCUUCGAUGACUCCUACAAGCCCGUGAUGGCUCUCGCGCAGAACCACAUCCACUUCCUCGACGUUCCCGACGUUGAUGAGGGUAACGCGAAGAUCUUCGUCAUUCACUUCUCAUACAUGCAGCCCGAGCCGCAGUACUAUGGUAACUUCCCGAAGACGCACGGCCAGGCCGGCUCGAUCUUCCUCAACGAGGGUGUCCAGCAGGAGUUCUUCUUCAUCCCUGACGACGCAUCUGCUACCUACGUGAUCAACGUUGAGAACAACUCGACCAAGACCCUGGCUGGCCCCACCGCCGACGCUGCCGCGUCUUACUUCGGCGCUCCGGACUCGAUCGUCCAAGUCACCACCGGCGGCGACGUCAACUACAUCCCGUACGACGCCAACUCGGACAACGCCGGCGCCUCCUGGUCCGCCGUGCAGAACCUCGCGAGCUUCAAGCCGUCUACCUCUGCCUCCUCGGGUGCGUCUCAGACCGGCAGUGCGACCGGCUCGGGCGCGGCCACUGGCUCGGUGACGGGUAGUGCGCAGGGCGCGUCUGCGUCUAGCACGGCCGGCGCCAGCGGUGACAACAACGGCGCCUCUGGCAUGAUGGCCGGCGCCGGGACGGCGGCGGCGGCGCUCGCCGUGCUCGCGCUCUCUGCGUUCGUGCUGUAGGGUGUGUUUGGACUGAUUUGUUGGUAGGUAUGCGGUUUGUAAGGAAGUAGUCGGUUCUGUCUGUCUAUAUUCGUUGCGCCGCGAUGUCGCCUGUCGUUCGUUGUCGCCUGUCGCUCGUUCGUUUUUUGGUCUCGCCUUCGCCUUUCGCUCCGACUUUUUCGUGGUGGGUUCUCGAUGGUUUGACUGACGUUUGGUGGGCGGAGAUUAUGGAUGGAAUCGAAGGCUGCAUCAUCCCUUACUUCUCAUGACCGAUCCUCAUCUACCUCCCUGAAUCCUGCAUGUCACGCAUCCUCCAGCUUUCGCGCACUUCGAGUACAUAUUCAGCGCUGCAUGGGCUCUGUUACACUACCUCCCUCCGCCUUGGAAUACUUUCACCCAUUACCUACGCUUCCCCUGCCCCCUAAUCUGCUCGAGCUCAAUCUAGUCGGGCCUUCUCUUACCUCGAUCAAUGCUCUGGACUGGACUGGAAUUACCUUCUGAAUGCCCUU